AUGUCGCUGGACCUCUGUGGCUUGGCUCCUACCUUCCUCCUGCUGUUGACCUUGCCCUUUGGCUCUUCCAUGUGUCCUAUGCUUUGCACCUGCUACUUUUCCCCACCCACAGUGAGCUGCCAGGCUAAUAACUUCUCCUCUGUGCCACGGAUACUGCCCCCGAAUGCCCAGCGCCUCUUUCUACAAAACAACCUGAUUGGGACCCUGAGACCUGGAAUGUUUGGGCCCAGCCUCAUCACCCUGUGGCUCUACUCCAACAAUAUCUCCUCCAUCCAGCCUGGCACUUUUCGACAUCUCCAGGUUCUGGAGGAGCUGGAUCUGGGGGACAACCGCCAUUUGCGCACCCUUGAACCCGAUACUUUCCGUGGACUUGAGCGGCUGCAGUCUUUGCACCUUUACCGCUGUCAGCUGAGCAGCCUCCCAAACAAUAUCUUCCGCAAUCUUUACAGCCUCCAAUACCUCUAUCUUCAGGAAAACAACCUGCUUUGCCUACAGGACGACCUUUUUGUGGAUUUAGCUAAUCUGAGCCACCUUUUUCUGCAUGGGAACAAAAUUUGGAAGCUCUCAGAGAACGUCUUCCGUGGCCUGUCUGGAUUAGACCGCCUGUUGCUGCACCGGAAUCACCUGCACACAAUCCCUACGUGGGCUUUUCGUGAUUUGGGCAAGCUUACCAUUCUAUAUUUGUUCAACAAUAGCCUGACAACUGUGUCUGGAGAAACACUCUCAGAUUUGCCCUCCCUGGAGUUUCUGCGCCUCAACAACAAUCCCUGGGCCUGUGACUGCCGUGCCUACUCCCUCUGGUCCUGGUUCCAGCGCACACAGGUCUCCAUCUCAGACGUCAUAUGCGCCUCUCCUGCAGAACGCAAAGGACAUGACAUGCGCUAUCUGAACGAAGCAGUAUUUCAAGGCUGCCCUCCAACCAACCAUCAUCCUCCUCACCCUCACCCUCACCCCAAUGGCUCAUCUAAUCAUCUCUAUGGCCUUGGAGGAUCCCCUCCUGCCGAUCCUUCCUCUUUCUAUAGGGAUGUUCCAGCCAAUGACAUCCAGAGCUCCAAGUAUGAUCCACCUACAGAAGAUGACCAUUGGGGGACUUAUGGUAAUGGAGAAGGAAGCCAACUGAAAAAUGGAU